AUGGGCUACCGGAAAUCAUGCCCAAUUAAUGUUGUAAUAGGAGAAUCGAAGAUACCGCCAUUACAGGAUCGCUUUAAUUUUUUAGGUCGGAAUUAUGUAACUAAGGCACUUGCUAGAGAGGACCAUGCGCUCGGUCCUAUUUUAAACCGUAUGAGCGAGCAUGAUGAUAAUCCUUUGGUUGUAAGUAGGAUCGGCUUGCCUCCAUUGGUGAAAUAUUAUAGAGACCAACAGACAGUUGCUCAUCUGAUUGCCUCAUUCAGUGUAGAGGCUUUUCUAGACGAAGGUUUAGAUUUAGAUUGGUCAUCGGUAGUGGCGACAGAGGAAGAUUCUCUUAGCGUGUUACAAGCAAUUUUAUCGUUUAAUCUUUUAAGUAACAGAUCUUAUUUAAUUAGAGAAAUAAUUAAUUUAGUUCAAAAUCUGUUACAAAAUGGCAGACAGGUCACAAUUUACUGGAUACCUGCUCAUGUCGGCAUACAGUAUGACGAACUAGCGGAUACGUUGGCGAAGAAUGCAAGUAGAACGGGUAUAGAUACCGACUUGCUUAUACCAGCACAAGAUAUAAAAGCGCAUUGGAAAGAAAAAAUGUUCUCUGAUCUUGAUAAUUAUGUUAGAAGGGAAGGUAGGAGUAAGGGGAUGAAAUACUGUGAUAUGUUUUAUAGUAACACCAGAAAACCGUGGUUUCACGAUGUACACUUAGAUAGAAGACAAAUAGUUAUAAUCAAUAGGCUGCGUUCCGGACAUACUUCUCUAAAUCAAAGCUUAUUUAAUCACCACAUAGUUGAUUCUCCGUUAUGUUUGUGUAAUGACUACAAUCAAACAGCGAAUCAUGUUUGUUGGCAAUGUUUUCUAUUCGAUGAUGAAAGACAACAGCUCCUCAGGGAGUUAAAGAGGCGAACGAUUAAAAUCGCAGUCUAAUAAUGAGAUUUAUGCAAAGGAAUUUAUAAGUAAUGAUAUGGUUGUGUACUGAAUGAGUUUUGUAUUCUUCGAUAAUCUUUGAAUUUCAUAGUUAUUGAGGUGGUUAUUGUUUACAACAUUUUUUUUUUAUAAAUUGUUCCGGUUGGAACAAGAUCGCCUUCAACCCUCCUUUGGAUUAUUUAGCGUAUAUUGUUUACAACAUAUGUGCGAGAGGUUAAGAGUUCAUAUCACUCAUGUUUUUCUUAAGAGUUUAAGAAAUGUUUUUUUUUCAUUUGUAAAGAGCGGGCAAUAUGGGCUAGUUCCCAGCGCCAUAUGUAUUUAUAUUUUGUUUUAAUAAAAAAAAAAGAAAUUGAGUAAUAGGCGCGAGGCGCGACUGUGUCCGGGGGCAGCAUAGAUACGAUCUCGACGCAAGUCGCGCAAUUUGUAUCGCGAUUGUUGCGAGUGCACGCAUCAGCCAAGUAGGCAUGUUUCUAAUGACUUUAUCAAUAAAAAAAAAAA